CCAGAAUGACUCGAGCCCCUCGCGGGGUCGACCUCAGUUUCUUAAAUGAGGAGGAGGCCAAGCAGAUCUUCCAAGUGCUGCGCCGAGACUCCCAGCUGAAAAGGGCAGAGAAGGAACGGCUCAGCAAACUUCACAAGAAAAAAGAAGAUGCUACAGGGCUUCCAGGAGUGACCGGAGAAUGGUUUGAAGAAAUACAGAAGAGGAAAUUUCAGAAUGAUGCCGAUGUUGGCAGAAUGUUGAAACAACCACUAGCUCACAGUCUGAGAAAAGCCAAAGGAAAUGAUUCUACAAAUGCAAAACCCUCGACGCCCCAGAUUCCACAAGCUCAGAAGCAUGCGGCGUCUUCCAUCCUGGGAGGGCUCCGAACCCCUUUGGCUUCUCUCUUCUCCUCCUUCAGAAGAUCCAGAAGGCAGCAUUCAAAGUCGCAGCAGCAGCAGCAGGAAUUUCCGCAGGUAUAUGACCACUUUGCUCCGGGUGCUCAUCCGUCUUCCAAAGUGGAGGAAAUGGCAAAGAGUGAAACGGGUGAGUCCCUUCUGUCCUCUGAACCAACGGAUAAGGGUUUUGAUGGAAAGCAACCUUUGACAGUGGAGGACAGCACAUGUACAUGGAACGAGCAGCUGGAAAAUGAGCUCUUACGAGUUUUGGGCAAUCUGGAUGAUCAGCUGGCGCAGGAACAACGCCGAGAUGCUGCGAACAGGAAGACUUCAAUUGACUAUGGCUCCAAAGCAUCAGAAAUCAAACAUUAUCCCAGUGUUCCUCGAGCAAGUUUCCUUGGAGGCGUGCAGAGAAAUGACAGGAGCAUGUUUCUGACUGAUGAAAGAAGGCCACUGAGAGCAAACGAUGAACACAAAGCGUUCUUCAGGCCGAGAGUGCAUUAUGAAACGUACCUAAAAAGGCACCGUACAGAAGGCUACACCUAUGGAGAUGCUUAUGACAGAAGGUGUCCUUCCCUGAAGAGAGGGCAUUCUACGCAUUCUCUCGGACGUUCCUCUGAAGGUAGCUUGCAGCUUCCUUCAGGACAAUGUAGUAGUGGAUUUGGGCACAAGGGCUUCAUGUCCAAGCCUACAGUUAGCAGAAGCUAUUCUUUAUCUUCUCUUGCAAGGCACGAGUCUUUGACAUCCGUGGACCAGCUUUCUACAGCUAGCUUGCAGCAACCUUUGGAAAACAACAGAGGCUACACGGCAAGGCACUAUCAUCCCAGACGGACUCCUCUGUCAUCUAUUGUAUGGAAUACAGCGCAAUCUCCCGAACGUCCAUUGUAUCCAGACAAGAUUCUUAGGACACAGUCAUUAAUGGAGCUUGGCUCAACAUUUGAAGAUCCGUAUCCUUGUUCUCCACAGGAGAAUACAAGAUAUGGAUUUUACAGAUCGAACAUGAAUUACAGAAGACCUGUGCCAAAUACGCCUCAUUCCCUAUAUAUUGACAAACAUACAAGCCCUCCAUGUUUUGAUGAUCAGGAGAAUUAUUUAUGGCAUCAGAUGGAAAGGAACAGUUCAAAAACUCGCUACAGAUGCCCAUCAUUUCAUGGUAGGAAGAGUUUUCCUUCUGAAAGAACAGAGGAGCAACUUUUCAGGCCCCACAGCCACCACUAUUACAAUGAUGAAGUCUUUCUUCCCUCUGAUGCAGACUCUGAAAGGAUUCCAACUAAUCUGAGUGAGUGGCAAAGUGUCUAUGCAGAAAAAAUUGAAUUGUCGCAGUGUGAGAAUGAUGUUCAAAGCCAUGUAUCGGAAUACAUGAAGAUCAGGGAACAUCCGGAAGGAGAAACAAACAAAUUGUUUUUAAAGCAUGCACAGGGCAUACAGCGGUGCCCAGCGUAUGGCUUAUCCGUUCCAACACGCCAAACAGAAUAUUCCAUACAAAGACAAAACCUAUUAAUGGGAGUGAGCCAAAGCCCUUCAAAGACUUUUUUAAAACAUUUGCAAGCCAAGAAAAACUUUAAAUCCUUUGCUUCAGAAGAGGUGGGGGGUGCUGACCAAUCAGGUAAAGUGGACAAUGGAGACGUUACAGAAGAGAGAUUAAGAUUCGUUUCUGGACAAGUGGACCCAAAUAGUCCAACGGAAUCUCAGAUGUCUCCUCCUACGAACUCUUUUGCAGCUGACCCACAGGUCCGUAUGCCUCUUAAGCCAUUAGAUUCACAAAGGCAGACCAAAUCCACUUCCAUACGAGGUAUUGAAAACACUUGUUUUCCAAACAUUCAGAACAGAAAUGGACGAAGAAAUGGAUUUGAUUGUGCCAGAAACAGUGACCUUGACCAAACACCUCCCCCUCGAUUAUCUGCUAAUAGCACAAGGGCAUCCAUUCUUCAAAGCUUGCAUCAACGGGGGCAUCAGUCAGAGGCCUUGAAAGCUUUUAUGGACAGAAGGACACCUGAUAAUACUUGUUCACCUAUUUUCAGCCGAGGCCCCAAAAUACUUGCAAACACUGAAUUAUCAGAUUCUUGCACUAAAGAAACCCACAGGCAUAAUAGUUUUGUUAGACAUGCAACUAGCAACAGCAUCACUGGCUCUCCCAGUAACAGCCCUCCCAAAUCUCCUGUAGCUUAUUACACUUUACCUAGAAAAUCAGCAAGCAUUGGUGGCAGUGUUAUAUCAGAAAAACCUAUAUCUCACCAUACGAGGCGAAUCCCAUUCAACAGGAUAAGUAUGGGGCAUGAUUCAGAAACACUUGUAUCAGAUAGAAUUGAAAACAUUUAUUCAAACAAGGGAGAUAAAAUCUCCUCGCUAAGUCCAGCCAGUUCGUCCUUAAGCUCAUCACCCAAAGAUGUCACUUGCCCUCAAAAUCCACAAACUAAAGACUACUGUUCGCAGUUAACCCAAGAUCCUAAGCGCUCCUUACAUGCUACAAAUACAAUUGCCGGCCAAUCAGAAAAAGGCGUCGUUACAUGCAGUCCAGACAAAGCUGAAAUUCCUAUGCUUUCUGGGUGUGAAGAAACAGAUGUGGGAAAUCCUUUAAAGCAGUACAAAACUACCAGCACACUUACAGUUAGCAUAGAGGAAGAUAAUGUAAAAUACCAUGAAUUGAUUUCGGUUUAUUAUACCUUACCACGGAAACAUCCAGGGCUGUGGCGCAACCUCUUCCGAGAUGAUACCAAGAAGGACACAGAUCCUUCCUCACUCACAGGGAGACCUCAGUCCCCUCAAAAGAAAUACGAAGUUCGUAUUGGGUUAGCAGCUGUAGCUUUUUCUUCCAGCUUAGAAAAGGCAGAUUCUUCUGGCAAAACGGCUGCCACUCCUAGUAUACAACAGAACUCAAACGCUUCAGAUGAUGGUAAUAAAGAAGAUCUUCAUAUUCUAAAUCCCACUGUGGAGAGCUCAGGUGCUUCUCAGUCACAAAGUCUGGUACAUAAUGGAGAGUCUGACAAGGUAACUUCAGAUUGUCUUCAGGGUGACCCAAAGCCCAGUGUAACAGAAGAUGAAUCUAGCACUGCAGUGGUCAAUGUGUGUAUUGGCAGGAGCCGUUCUUCACUGAAGGAAGGGUCCAAAAUUGACACGCCAUUGGUCAACUCAUUGAACUCUACAAAUGCCAAAAUCUCUUUAGGGAAUCUUGCUGCAGCUUCUUCUGUUAUGACUGCUAAAGAAGAGAGCCCUCUAGGCUACCGCCCAUCUACAGAACCCAUAGCCAGAAACAAUCCACACACCCCACCUUCCUGUUUGAUUGGUAAUAGCCAAGAGGGAAAGUACACUACAAAUCCAGAAAUCAAUACGACAGUAAAGUCUGCUAAAGACCAAAUUAGACAAAGUGCAGAAGUCAAAGAAACAGUACAUCGUCAGUGCCAUAUUAUUUCCAUAAAGGGAAAUGGGUUGCAACCAAGAAAUGAAAGUGUCAGAAAUGGCACAGGUGAAGCACUCGUUUCGGAGACCAAGGUGUGUUCAGAUUUCCAGAAACAAACAUUGCAAGUGGAUGGAGCUUCCACAGUUCAUCCAGUACUUCAGCCAAAUAGGAGUGCUUUGGAGUAUGCAAAAACUGAACCAGAGGAGAUGCCCCAGAAUUCUCUGCAACACAAAAUUUGCCCAAAUUCACAUAGAACCUCUAUAGAUAACCAGAACCUUAACUCUAAAAAUGACGUCACAACUAACAGUCAGGAUUCUCCUGACCAUUCAGCAACUGAAAAUAAGGUUAGCUUGGAUUGUACUAAAGAUAAGGCUAGUGACAUAGAGAAAAGAAAAAACAGAUCCUCAAUUAAAAACAAACUGGCAGCCAUGUACAAAACAAGUCGAAAGUUUUCUAGUAAGAAAAUUUUGAGUCCCAAGCCACACAUAAGUAACAUAUUUUCACAGAACGAUACUCCUUCUCUAGAGAUCAGCAACCUUCACAGCAUGUUGAUUAAACCUGAUGUUCCCCAGUCAUUUCUGCAAACAGGAAAUGAGAACCAGAAUCAGAACUCUCUAUCUGAUGAAGUUGAUGGCACAAUGCUUGACAAACCUGAGAAUAGGAAAUCGCAAACUAACAAGGGUGCUCUGUUGCUUCCGAAUGAGAUUAGAAGGCCUUUCACAAACUUGUGCAACCAGAAAAAGGAAAGUCCCAGUCCCAGACAAAGCGAUAAAAAAAUUGGGGCCAUGCAAAAUUCUACUGUUUUGUUUCCAAAAGAAACUGUGUCCAAGCUUUGCAGUGAUUCCCAGGCACAUGAUGAAAGCUUAGAAAAUAACAGUCACUCCAUCUUCUCCAGUACUGAAGUUGCAGAUUCUAAUCAGAAGAAAAAGGGCGGCAGUAAUGUUGGCCUGCCUUUGUUUUCCCCAUAUUCAUCUGAAGAAAAUUCAAACGUUAUUAAAAACUAUUCCAAGGCAAAUAUCUGCUCACUGCAAAAGUUGAUUUCCCCAACAGAACAUGACCACUAUCAAAAUAUCAAACAUUUAAAGAGGUUAAGUAAUCUCAACCUACCUUGUGUUGAGCCAGUCCUAAAUCCCAAAAAAACACAACGUGAACGACACUUCUCUGAAACUUCUUAUACACAAGAACCCCACGAUCAGCUGGCCUCUGGGAGCAACUUGUUACAACGCGGUAGUAGGUACUGUCGGAAGUUUAAAUCCUAUUCUGAACUGUUGACGUGUGAUGAAAAUGAGAACUGGGAUCCAUAUGAUGACAGUAACAGGACCUCUGCUUCGAGGCGUGUGAUGUACCCCUCGAUUGAGUUUGGCAUUUUUGGGAAAGAACAACAACAGACUUUCUUGGAUAACAUAAAGAAGUCCCUCACAGAAGGAAGGUUGUGGAGGCCAUGUCUUCUAAAGGACUCUAGUUUUCUCAGGAAGCAAGGGGGUUGCUCCUUAAACACCUUGGAACUGUUGGGUUCAAAUUUUGCUGAGGGAAACACGUCAGCAGAAGGUUCAUCCCCAAGUGAGCCGGUUGGUGUCCGUGAAGAAAGCCCUGCCCAUUUUUCAGAUUCAGACUCAGACACCACAACAGAUGAUGAAUAUUACCUGACUGACAAUGAUAAAGAGUCAGAACUUUGAGGGGCUAUAAGACAAGAUGUAGAGCAGGGGGGAAAAACCUUUAAAUGGUGGCUUGUAAAUUCUUAGGUAGUUCAUAAAAUAUUUGGGAUCCUGAAUAGAUUUCUGUAAAUGUCCUGAUUUGACUUCCAUCCCUAAAUCUCCACAUUGCCAUGAUCACUCCACAAAUCAUUGAGCUUGUUUCUACAUUGCAGAAUUAGCAGGCUGUCUUCACGGUGCUGCUUCACAGCUCCUUCCCCUGAAACCCUGCUGUAUCACUGCUGUGGGGUGGGGGCAGGAAAUCCCCAUAACAGGAGGGAGUGCAGGUUUUCUGGUGGUCACCUGAGUAUUCAAGCCCACCCCCUGCCCUCUUCCCAGCUUCCAGUGACCAAUCAGCGGUCGCCAUCCGCUCCAGAAUGCCCUCACUACGCUGAAGUGAGGUCACAUGGCAGAAGUCGGGUAAGUCCCCGACUUUUUUUAAGGUGCAGCUUCGGAGAAAAGCCCCACGGUGGCUGUGUCGUAUAACUGCUGCAGUGCCACCAUGGGGCAAAGAAGAUGUAAAGACAGGCCCUAGGUCACCUCCACAGCAUCUUUAAAAGAACAAGUUACCUCAUGGCAACGGAGAAAAUAACAUUUGCUAAAGGGUUUCAAAUAGGUUUACCAGCUUCUCCCCACCCCCAAUCCCAGCUCCUGUGCUAUUAAUAGCUGCAUAAUAGGCAGAAGCACUUCCUAGCAUGGCAAUUCAGUGAUUUGGCGGGGGGGAUAAUCUGCUGAAGGUAUGCCUGUUAAUGGCAGGAGAGAGCCCUGCAAGAAAAGAACUUAUUUUACGCUGAAUAUACAGGAGUCUGUGUCAGUUUUCCAUUGAUCAGGACUUGAAAUUUUGCAGUUUCUGUAGCAAGUUGUAAAAGAAGAAGUAAACAGAUUUAAUAGAUUAUUUAUUUAAUAUGCUAUGUGAAAGUAUGUUUAAUUGGGAAGGUAAAUGUUUAAUUUGUUACCUAGAGGAGUCAAUCCAUUCAGGUCUCCUACGCUGUGAAUCCCAUUUCAAUGAAUGGGCCUCCACUGGAAAGAUGUGUGGCGGA